GGAAAGGUCGGACAGUUCCCAUAAGGCCAAGCGAGCGUUGACGUCAGAGGAGCGUUCUGGCAGCGUGUCAUCUCCUUCCAGGGGAGCAUCACCUGCAGCGAGGAAGAAAUCCACCUCUCCCAAAGUUUCGUCCCAUAAAACCUCAUCACUCGCCUCCCCACCCCAGAGGUCUCCUUCCCCUCCGCACCACCAACGCAGUCCCAGUCCUCCUCGCCACCACUCCCAGCGCUCCCCGUCCUCCCACUCGGGUUCCUCCGCCCACCAUCACUCUCCCUCGCCCCGUCGGCGUCGCUCCUCUUCUCCCGCCUACCACCGAAGCACCGCGGCUCAGGCGUCCGCCUCCUCACCUCYGCGCUCUCGUCGCUCUCGGUCGCCCCCGACCUCCCACGACGCCUCCUCGCCCCAUCGAAGGUCCAACAGGUCGAGCCCCAGCCAGCGCCGCUCCAGGGGCCGAGAGAGGAGUCGCGGGGACAAAGAGAGGAGUCCACCCACACAGGAGCGCAGACACGAGCACAAAGAGGAAAUCCGAAGCAAACGGGAAAAGGAGAGUGUCCGCGACGACCGAGACUACGACUCUGAAGUGCUGUCGUUGCGGGACGCUCGAGACGACAGGGAGACCAGAGAGGCUCGAGAUCGACGGGACGCUCGUGAUCGGGGAAAAGAAACGGCUCGGGAUAAUCGAGACAACCGUGAUGCGAAGGACUCGAGAGAGAGCAGGACAGAGACGCGCUCCAGUCGAGAGUCGCUCGAACAGCGUGAGCGGGAGAAGGAGAGGGGGAGGGAGAAGGAGAGGGAGCGGAGUGACGCCUACAGGAAGGAGGACCCGGCUCAAGAUGACAGGGUUUAUGUUAGAGCUCACGGACGUGACGACGGAGGUCGAGCUGAAGUGAGGACGGAGAGCAGAACCGACAGAGCUGACAGGAACGACAGAGGAAGAGGGCGUGCCACAGAACCAUCUGAUAAAGGUUCAAACAGAAACUCCCGAAGCUCCCAACUGGAUGGCAGCUACGAUAACUGGGAGUCACGGAGUAGUGGGGUCCGGGAACGAAGUGUGGAGAGGACUGCAGAACGAAGCUCUGACAGGGUUUUGGACCGAGAUCGCUACGAGACUGAYAGAAAGGAGCACGCCAGAGACUCGUCCUACGACAGAAGGGGAGGACAUGGCGAGCGGGAUCGCAGAGACAACAGAGAGAGAGACCAAAGAGCUACUUCUCCAAGCAGAUACCAGAGGAGGUCAGAGGAGUCUGAGAGGGACGAGAGGAGGGAGGAGCGAAGGACGGACCGAGUAGACGACCGGCGGGAUGACAGGGCUCGAGACAGGGAGCGAGAGAGGGAAAGGGAGCGGGACAGAGAGCGCGAGAGGGAGAAGGAAAAGGAGCGUGAGCGCGAGAGGGAGAGAGAGAGAGAGAAGGAGCGGGAGAAAGAGAGGGAGGCCGAGCGGGAGAGAGCCAGGGAGAGGGAAAGGGAACGAGAGAGGGAGAGGGAACGGGAGCGAGAAAGAGAGGAGAGGGAGCGAGAACGGGAAAGGGAGGAGCGGGAGAGGGAGGAGCGAGAACGAGAGAGGGAAAGGAAGGAGAGGGAGAGGGAAAGGGAGAGAGAGCAGAGGGAGAGGCAGCGGGAGUGGGAGGAGCGAGAGAGGGGGAGGGAGGAGAGACGGGAGAGGAGGGAGGAUGCCAGGGAUGAGCGACCUGUUCGAGACACCCGGGACGAUCGUAAGAUGAGUCGGAAGAGGAUGACGGUGGAGAGGAGCCCGAGCCCCCGACCCUCGCCUAAACGAGCAGCGCGGGACUUCAGCCCGGCAGACAGCGACGGCUACAAUAGCGCUGAGGACAAAAGUGAGCGUCUGACUGGCCGAGGGCAGGCCAAGCCCCACCCACAGCCCCUCCUCCUCAGCCCAGUGUGUCCGCCUCCAUCUGACAGCGGGGACAAGCAUCGUCUGCUGAGCCAGGUGGUGAGGCCUCAGGACUCCUUGUCAAGGUCGCCUCCAAGAAGUGCUGCGCYCAGCGAAAAGGCCGCUCACUGGAAGGAGGAGGAGCGCAGGGGAGCCGUGGACAAGCGGGAGGCGCGCGGUCGCCACGAGGAGCUGGAGGCCCGAGCAGAUCGAGGCAGAGGAGGCGACAGACGUGGAGAGUACCUGACGGACGCGCCGUCCGACUCUCGAAGCAGAGGCAGAGACCAGAGAGAUUCAACUCCUCCCCCUCCUCCUCCUCCUCCUCCUCCAGCUGUUGCCACUGCUGGUGAAGACAGAGACGUUGCUGUUUCUCAGACCCACGAAGAGGGCAAAAAGAAGACCAAGUCCCAGAGGAAGGGUUUAAAGAAGGGCCGCAAAGAGGAGGAUGUCGCCGGUGGCAGCAGUCUGGCUGCGGUGGCGGCAGCGGCAGACCGUUUCAACCCCGAGCCUCCAGCCGCCGCCCCUGCAGAGGUGCCCCCGCUUCUACACUCCCCGAGAAAAGGAGCCAAGAAGAAGGCGCACGACCGCAAGAGGAAGCGCUCACGAGGAGGCGAGUCCGAUGCUUCUGAGGAGGACGCUUCAGCCCAUCAGCCUCACAAUAAGAGGAAGAGAGGUCCCCGGACACCGCCGCCCUCCAUCAGGCCAGACCACCACGUAGCUGGAGGGUCUGCAGAGUCUGCCUUGUUUUCUCAAAGGAAUAAUUUCAGUGAUUGGACAGAUGACGACGAUGAUGCAGCAGACAGAGGAGGCCUGAUGGAAACACAAGCUCCCCCGGCUCCCGCUGAGAGGACUUUGAUGGAGCCGUUGAGGAGAGGCGGCGGUCACAGAUUGGGCAGGGAAAGGGAGAGGUGUAACCCACCACCCAUAGCCCCUCUGCUUUCCCAGGACCCCCCGAUGUUGCUCCAAACGAUGACCCUGCAGCCUCUCAUGUCACAGCCUCUGCUCCGCAAACCCCCUCCAGAGCAGACGCGCAGCAGCAGCAUGGGCAGCAACCAGAGCCGUACGUCUUCUCGACGCCUGCGAUCGCCCUCUGACGAGCCCGCUCACCCCGAGGACCCUCAGGGUCCGCGUUCACGCCGGGGCAGGCCGCAGGGAUCUGGCUCUCGGGACCGAGAGCGAGAAAGAGAGCACGAGAGAGAUCGAGAGCGCGAGAAGCUGGCGGUGAGCGAUCCACUGGGGGUGGAGAGGAAAUCACGAAUUGAUCAGCUGAGGAGGGGGGAGCCCAGCCGCAGCACCUCAUCAGAUCGGCAAGAUUCCCGCAGCCACAGCUCGAGACGCAGCUCUCCUGAUUCCGAGAGGCAGGCCAGGUCCAGGUCCCGCGCCGGUUCCUACGACAGCCGAGAACGGGAGAGAGACAGGGAGCCGUUCGACCGAGACAGAGAGCGAAAGGACCACCGGCCUCAGCAACCUCCGCCACAGCCUCUGCACCUCCAGCAACCCAUCCAGCAACAGAGGGACUGGGAACCAGAMCCUCGAGACUGGCCGAGCAGGGGAAGGGAGCCCCUGCUUGUGCGUCCAGGUCGAGAACCUCUGCUGAGGGAGAGGGACCGCCUCAUCCCUGAAGGACUCAUCCAGCAGCACGAACGGGAGCGAGAGAGGGAGCGGGACAGAGACGGCCGAGGAGAGCGGGAGAGGAUGCUGAUGGAUCUGCCAGCGCACGGCGAUCCAAGAGCUCCAGGACGAGGAGACCUGAGAGGAGAAGUGAUGAGGCAGGACAGGAGCGACUACGAGCCUCUACUGCCCAAAGAAGCCUUCAGUCCUCAAGAACCAGAGAAGCCCAGUAAUAGCCAUCUUACUGUGGGAGAUCAGAGGGAGCUUGAGAAGACGGAAAGUGUUGAUGGAGAAGAGGAUGAAAAAGAAGACGAGCAGUCAGUCGCAUCUGUCGGUGAAGAGUAUGAACCCAUCAGUGACGAUGAGCUGGAUGAAAUUCUGGCUGACAGUCAGAAAAAAGAUGAUCAGCAGGAGGAGGAGAAAAUUACAGGUCCGCUGGAUGUGAUCGAUGUAGACUGGUCCAGUCUGAUGCCCAAACAGAAACAGGAACCUCGGGCAGCAGGUGCAGCCUUGCUACGUUUCACCCCUGGGGCUGUGCUGCUGAGGGCCGGCGUCUCCAAGAGGCUUGCGGGUCCUGAACUGAUGGAACAAGUCAAAGAGGUGUGCAAGUCUGAGCUGGACGAUCCUAAAGAUGCUGACAAGCUCUUUGAGCACGACCUCGGCGCCCUGAACAUGGCGGCCCUGAACCGGCGGGUGGAGAGGGCAGGUUUACUCAGCAACCUCGGGCCCUGCUGCAAAGCCCUGUGUGCUCGCAGGGACUUCGCCAUCCGCCGGCAGCUCUUAAAAAAUGAGAAGGGCCUAACUAAGCAGUACCCCACGACAUCUUUGGUGGACAACGACCUGCUGCAGAUGAGCAUCCGCCUCUUCAGAAAAACCAUGGCUGGCCACAACUCUGUCCCAGAAAGGUCCAGUAGAGGGUCGGCUCCAGCAGCCCAAGUAGCUGAAGCUAAUACUAACAACAAGCUAAGCACAGCUCAACCAGAGUGUCUCCCUGAAGAGCGAGGAGCACCAGAAGAUACACACUGCCAUGUGAAGUUUCUGACCUCACGCCAAUAAUAGGAACCAAAACCUGACAGGAAUGAUGGCAUGCUGCAUAGGAAAACAGAACAAAAAAAGAGUCUGGUAAAGCUCCACUGUAGGCUGUUUUUAGGUGGUUUCACACAGACGAUUUAAAACGUGCAUUCAGUCACUGCUUGGACGAAGAAACCUUUGGAUUCAACUGGACUCCUCCUGCAUCACCCUUCUGCCCAAAAAUCUAAAACCACAAAGACAAUGAACCGACUAUCUGGUAUUCUGACCUCACAUCUGAAGGGUUAAACACAUUUCUGAAUAGACAAUUUGAUGCAAACUUGAUUUGUUGUGGACAAGUGAAAACUUCUGCUUUGACGUUUCAUUUUUUCUACUGUAAAAUAAAGAGUAACAUUCCUAAGCUGUAAUGAAGUUUUGACAAUUGAGAACCUGAAGAAAUAAAAAAAAGGAGCAGAAACAAA